UCGUACUUAAGACAGUUAAUCUCAGACAUCUUUUACAGCAAAUUAACUAAGAGCUUUCUAUUUUAAUUAACGAAAAUAUCGAGAUAACGACAGUUGAAUUUUGUUGAACAUGCUCUGUAAUAGAACUCCAAUAAAUAAAUGCAAUGCGAUGGUUUGGGUGGUAGGAAUGAUCGCAGAAUUUAUUCGGAUUUUAUUGACACUCACCCGACCUUUUUCCGAUAAGAUUCUAUCUUUCUUUUACCAUUUAGUCAUGGGUCCUACAAAGCCAUUACCACCCAUUACAAAUCCAUUAUUACUCUGUUCAGCAACGGAACUUGCUGAAAAGAUACGAAAGAAACAAGUUAAAUGUGAAGACGUAAUGAAGGCUUAUGUAGAGAGAUCAAAAGAAGUGCAUCCAGUUAUUAAUGCGGCCUGUGAUGAGAGAUACGAAGAUGCAUUGGAAGACGCCAGAGCAGUAGAUCGAUUUCUGAACAGCAGUAAUAAAUCUGUUGAUGAGAUUGAAAAAGAUACGCCACUUCUUGGAGUUCCUUUCACAUGUAAAGAAGCUAUUGGAGUAAAAGGUAUGGUCCAGACAUGCGGUAUAGUACUUGCAAAAGACCACAUAGCUGAAGAAGAUUCUGCUGUCGCUGCAUUGUACAGGAAAGCUGGAGCCAUCCCAGUGACGGUAACAAAUGUGCCAGAAAUUUGUAUGUGGUGGGAAAGUGCAAAUCUCAUCUUUGGUAUGGUGAAAAAUCCAUAUGAUAGUGCAAGAACAGUUGGUGGUAGUUCUGGUGGAGAAGGAGCUAUAAUCACUUCGGGUGCGGCAGUAAUAGGAAUCGGAAAUGAUGUAGCAGGCAGUAUCAGAAUCCCGGCUUCUUUCUGUGGAAUUUAUGGCCAUAAACCUAGUAAAAUGCUUAUUUCAAAUUAUGGGAGUUUCCCUUGUGAACCAGAGGUAGAAGAUGAAGUAACAGAUUUUAUAUGCACCGGUCCAAUGUGCAGAUAUGUACAAGAUCUUCCUCUAACAACUCGAAUUCUUUCAGGAAAUGAUAAAAGAAUUCCUUGGGAUUCCAAGGUAAAUUUCUGUGACAUUAAACUGUAUUACCUAGAAGAUAUUCCGGGAUUGCUAAAUAAAUCCAUGCCUGUGAUGAAAGAAAGAAUGAAAAUGGCACUGAAGCACUUUGAAACAUGUUAUAGUGUGAAACCUAUAAAGUUGCAAAUGAAGGAGCUAAAGUAUGCCUUUCCUAUUUGGGAACGCAAACUUCUGGAAAGGGGUUGCCCCUCCUUCAAGGGUUACUUAGCGGGAGAGAGUGGUAAAGUCAAUUUAUGGUGGGAAUUUGCAAAAAGCUGCUUUCGACAGUGCAAGCAUACCUUACCCGUUCUAUAUUGUGCCAUGGUUGAAAGAAGAAACAAAGACAAUUUUUACUACAGAUGCUUAAAGGCCUACCAAGGAAUUGAACGCAAAUUUCAAGAAAUAUUUGAAGAAGAUGCCAUUUUAUUGUUGCCUACGCACCCGGAACCCCCACCCCAUUAUCUCAUGACUAUUCCUAAGUAUCCAAACAUUGCCUAUACUUGUAUCUUCAAUAUCCUAGGAUAUCCAGGAUCACAGAUACCAACUGGAAUGUAUGAUGGAGUACCCGUUGGUAUUCAGGCAAUUAGUGGACAUUAUAAGGAUCAUUUAACACUAGCUACAGCUCUGGAAUUAGAUAAAGUCUUUGGUGGUUGGAAAAGCCCCUGUUCAAUAAAUACUUCUGAAGAUCCCACAAAAAAUGGAAAAUGAACUUAUUUAAUCAAACUUCAAAAAAACCUGGAACACCCAUCUACUUAUAUCCUGACUAUCCUAAAUAUCCAAACAACACCUAUACUUGUACUUUCAAUGUAUUCUUGGAUAUCUAGGAUCUCAAGGAAUGUAUGAUAGAGAGCCCAUUUGUAUCUACGCAAUCAGUGGACUUUAUAAAAAUCAUUUAACGUUUACUACUGCUCUGGAAUUAGACAGGAUUUUCGGUAACUUGAAAAGUUUUUGUUCAAUAAUUACUUCUAUAGAUUCCCCAAAAAUGAAAAAUGAGCAUAUUAUAGUCAAUAUAACUUUAAAAAUAGUUAACACGAGUUCAUUUGCUUUAAUUGACGAUAAUAAUUUAUUUUAUAAGUUUUUGCAAACUCUUUGAAAAGUUUGAAAGAUAAACAGAGCAUCAUCCAUCAUCAACAAUCAAUUGAACAUCAUUGUAUAAAUAUAUACUCAUGCUAAAGUUUUGCUA